GGGCGGCGGCGGCGGCGAGCGCGCGGCGGCGGCGGCGGCGAGCGCGCGGCGCCCAUUCAUGAUCCAGCGCGCGGGGCCGGUGCCCGGGACAGCGGCGCUGGAACCGCCGUUAUGGAGACAGCGGGACAUCUCCACGAUUCGGGCGUGGGGGACCUGGAGGAGGACGGCCGGUAUCCCUGCCCCUUACCGGGGGAUGAGCGGUCGCCGCCGCCGCCGCCCGCCGCGUUGCCGCCGCUCCAGCACAGCCUGUUGCACUCCUCGCCCGGGUCGUUACGGGCCCCUCCUCCUCCUCCCGCCGCCCCCGCCGCCCUCCACCCUUCCUCCCGCCACGGCAGCCAGCUCAACCUCGGCGACCACCCGGCGGGCUCCGGGGUGGGGAGCGGCAAACACCGGCAGCCCAGCCCGCUGGUGCACCGGCGGGACAGCAACCCCUUCACCGAGAUCGCCAUGAGCUCCUGCAAGUACAGCGGCGGGGUGAUGAAGCCCCUCAGCCGGCUCAGCGCAUCCCGCAGGAACCUCAUCGAGGCCGAGCCGGAGGCUCAACCCCUGCAGCUCUUCGGUGCCGGCGGACCCCCCGAAAUCGUCGUCUCACGCGAGGACAACCACGCGCCCGCCGCCCGUCGCCCCGAUCGCCCGCCCGCCCGCCCGGCCCCCGCCGCCUUCGCCAAGGGGCCCAAGCGCAAGGCGCAGAACAUCGGCUACAGGCUGGGGCACCGCCGGGCGCUCUUCGAGAAGAGGAAGCGCCUCAGCGACUACGCGCUCAUCUUCGGCAUGUUCGGCAUCGUCGUCAUGGUCAUCGAGACCGAGCUCUCCUGGGGGCUCUACUCCAAGGACUCCAUGUUCUCCCUGGCCCUGAAAUGCCUUAUCAGCCUCUCCACCGUCAUCCUGCUGGGCCUCAUCAUUGCCUACCACACACGGGAGGUGCAGCUCUUUGUGAUCGACAACGGAGCCGACGACUGGCGGAUAGCGAUGACAUAUGAGCGCAUCCUCUACAUCAGCCUGGAGAUGCUGGUUUGUGCCAUACACCCCAUCCCUGGGGAGUACAAAUUUUUCUGGACAGCCCGCUUGGCUUUCUCCUACACGCCUUCUCGGGCAGAGGCGGACGUGGACAUCAUCCUGUCCAUCCCCAUGUUCCUGCGCCUCUACCUGAUCGCUCGGGUGAUGCUGCUGCACAGCAAGCUCUUCACUGACGCCUCCUCACGCAGCAUCGGGGCGCUCAACAAGAUCAAUUUCAACACCCGCUUCGUCAUGAAGACUCUCAUGACCAUCUGCCCUGGGACGGUGCUGCUGGUCUUCAGCAUUUCCCUCUGGAUCAUCGCUGCAUGGACAGUCCGGGUGUGCGAGAGGUACCACGACCAGCAGGACGUAACCAGCAACUUCCUGGGAGCCAUGUGGCUCAUCUCCAUCACCUUCCUCUCCAUCGGCUACGGCGACAUGGUCCCGCACACCUACUGUGGGAAGGGUGUCUGCCUGCUCACCGGCAUCAUGGGCGCUGGCUGCACGGCACUGGUGGUGGCCGUGGUGGCCAGGAAGCUGGAGCUCACCAAAGCCGAGAAGCACGUCCACAACUUCAUGAUGGACACACAGCUGACGAAGCGGAUCAAGAAUGCGGCAGCCAACGUCCUGCGGGAAACGUGGCUCAUCUAUAAGCACACCAAGCUGCUGAAGAAGAUCGACCAUGCCAAAGUCAGGAAGCAUCAGAGGAAGUUCCUACAAGCCAUUCACCAGUUGCGGAGCGUGAAGAUGGAGCAGAGGAAGCUGAGCGACCAAGCCAACACCCUGGUCGACCUCUCGAAGAUGCAGAACGUGAUGUACGAUCUCAUCACCGAGCUCAACGACCGCAGCGAGGACCUGGAGAAGCAGAUCGGCAGCCUGGAGUCCAAGCUGGAGCAGCUCAGCACUAGCUUCAACUCCCUGCCCCUGCUGAUGGCCGACAUGCUGCGCCAGCAGCAGCAGCGCCUGCUCGCCGCCGUCCUGGAGGCGCGGGGGGUCGGCGUGCCGGUGGGCACCCCCCAAACUCCUCUCUCCGAGAGCCCCAUCGGCGUCAGCUCCACCUCCUUCCCCACCCCUUACACAAGCUCAAGCAGCUGCUAAAACGCAGCCCCUCAGCCCCCCCCAUGGACAGGGGAAGCGUUUCCGCGCAGGUCCCAAGGUCUCCACGGACUUUCUUCUGGUCUUCGAACCGCCGCAGGACCCUUUGGCCGGAGCCGGUAGGACCAGCAGUGCCGAGCGAUGCUCGGAGCUUUGCCAACGCCUUGGUAUCGGGAAUCGCAUCCCCGUUCAGGUGCCUCUACACGUGGUGAAGGAAGGGGACGGGAGGCGACGCCUCGGGCGAGCCUGCGCCGCGGCGUCCGGUGGCGAACGGAAAAACCCACGCUCAAUCUCAGGUCUUCACAUUUGAAAACAAAACAACAAGUCAGAAGCACUGAAGCAAUGGAGACACCAGAGGGAGAGUUUUCCUCCCCUGCGUGGACCCCACCGGGGGCCGGGGUUCUCCCCUCGCCCCCUGCCCCUCUCACUGUCGCAAAGCCCUGCCGGGCAGAUGCCAACGUGGUGGUUUGUUGCACAGGCUCUGACCUACGCUGCCCACGCUCCAGCCAAUCUCCUUACUGGGACCCACAUGAACCCCUGCCUCGCAUUGCCGGGUGGGUGAUGGUGUCCGGCCGUAACCUGCCUGGGGGGUUCCCCGGAGCCGUGAGUGUUUUCUGCCUGGGCAGAGCAAGGGACGCUUCUUCUUUCUGGUCCUUGGUGUCAUAUUCUGCCUGCAGACACGCGCUGGAGCCGGGAAAGCAGUGCCUAAAGCUUGCGGGGCUGCGGGGCCGGGCAGGGCUGCCCCCAGCCGAUGCGGCGAUGGCUGAUGACAGGGCUGGCGGGCCAGCCCAGGUACUGGGAGGGGGGGGGCCUCCAGGUGCUCAUAUCGCCGCCCACCCAGGAGCCCCCCGAGCAUUUUGGGAAGCCACCAGGCUCUUUAUGGCAGCCGCAGAACUGCCGGAUGAAAAAAAACCCAUCGGCUACAACCGCCUCCGCUCGCGCUGGGAACGUCCACGCUCGAGCCCAGCCAGCGGCGCCGAAUCCGCCGGGGUCGAGCGAGGCCUCGGCAGCGAGUGAUGUAGUUGCAGGGGCAGGCGCUUCAUCUGUUUAAAACGAAGCCCAUCGCCUUUGUGCCGCUUCUGCUGGGUUUGGUGGGGAUGAGCAGCACCAUCCGGCGCCGUCUCGGCAAUGGCACAGCGCUCGGCGUUAGCCGCCGCCCGUGCCUGCCAAAGCGCUGCCCCUCGUGCUUUUUUUUGCCGGCGUUCAGCUUCCUGAGGUACUCUAGGGCAUCACCUGGCUACUUCUUGAACCAGCCAUUUUUUAUUCUUUUUUCACCGUUUCCCUCUUUUCCUUCCCCAGUUCUGCCCCGGAGUCCUGUUGGGGCUCUGCUGGGUCCUUACGUGGAGGCCUGCCCGCUGCUGCUGGGCUCCAGCUUUGGGGCUGGUAUUUGCUGCUUUCAAUGAAAACUCAGCAGAGGCUAUUUAUAUAUUUUUAAACAGAUGAAGUAACCAUGUAAUUACUCCGCGAUAUUAAUUACACCUCACCCAGCAGUGUCAGUAAUUGUAAUCAAAGUCACUGUGUUACUCCAGGUAUACUCAGCCUGUAAUCUUCUCCUUUGUAACUCUUUCCCUUCCAUAAAUAACGCUGGAUUUCGUGCA